CCACUGCAGACAUUCAAGGGCAAUCGUCAGUAACUGGGAAACCGGGACGUGCCGCGUUUUUCAACCAUUGGUCAGUACGUUUUGUGUGUUUAAAGUGUCUGUAUGUUACCUGAGAAUUCCAUUAACAGAAUCAUCAUCCAAGAGAUCGAGAACUGUAAGGGAGCAGAACCUGCACUACCAUCGUCGUCAUCGUUAUACCUAACUUCGGGACAAUGCGGAUGAUGUGGUUUAUGGCCGUUUCGUGCGCUUUGCUGUCCAUGCAAGGUGCGCACUCCAACGCCGGGUUGACGAGCACCUCCUUCAGCAACGAACUGCGCACCGGUUUUGCCAGGUUGUUCCAGAACGGCAUCGAACAGCCGCUGCAGCAGUCACCGUACCUGCUGCUCAACCCGACCGACUUCCAAUCCGGCACCGGCCAGCUGGUCCAGCGACCGGCGCCGUUCAGCCCGCUGGCGGCCACGGGAUACCAGGCGUCACGCCCUAGGUACGAGUUGCAGCAACUAUCGUGGGUGAUUCCUUAUUAUUAUGUCCCUACCAGGUACCUGCCUCCGAGGGGUGGAAAGCGGCCCAACGACGUGCUAGUGGUCGUCGUCAAAACCAGAUCGAAUUGUACGGCCAACGGGACGACGCCCGAGGAUGACGAAGACGUUGAAGACGACGGACCGAAUCCCGACGACGACGUCGAAGAAGUGACCAUCGUUACGGGCGGAACGGAAAAGGGCAAGGAACCGUCCCGGUGCGUGUGGGCCAUUCUGUCGUGCUGCGCCCCGUCCAACACGCCCAUCCGGUACACGUGUUUCGACGUGCUGGGCUGCAGCACGGCGUUCUGGGACACCAACCCGUGCGUGCCGGCCAUCAUAAAGACCGCUCUGGACCAGGCGACUCAGUUCUACGGCGCGGCCACGAACAGCAACCGGACCACCACGCCCGCGCCCCCCACGCCACCGGCCGUCCCGGCCGCGGCGUCCACCGACACGGUGGCCUCGAUGAUGGCCGGCGCGUCCACCGCCGCGGCCGCCGCGACGACUGUCGACCAGACCACUCAGGCGGCCGCCAGCAGCACCGCUUAGUUUCCGCUUCCGAUCGGGUCUCGUCCGACAAUCCGACCGACCGCGGACGAGCUUAGUAUUUUACGGUCAUCAUUCAAUUUUUUGCAUAUUUCGCGUACGGACACAAAACCAAAGAUCCGACACGAUUCGACGCAAUAAUAUUAAUAUAUUAUUAUGUUUAAGAUUAUCCAUCAAGUGUAAUAUAUAUAUGCUGUGCACUGCUUAUAAUAAUUUUAUUGUAUAAAACGUAAAUCAGACACCGACAAAAUUAUAUACGUCCGGUGCCGGAUCUAGAACAUAAUAUAUAAUAUUGACGCCCGUUGCCCGUAACGGGUAAAUAAUAAUUAUUGUUUUUUCGAUUUAUUGACAUCAAUAAUUGUCUUUCUUACGCAAAAUUUCGGGGUUUUCUAUUGUUUUUCACUGUUUCGAAAAAACUCUCGGCGUAGGUACUUUAUUGAGCACACAAACGGAAUGUCUCGUAAUUAAAAAAAAAUUUGAACACAAACUGAAUUGUAAAAGUUCUUACUACGGUGUUUAAUAUAAAAACAAAAUAAUAACGCGCGUACAGAAAUAUUUUAAAAACUUAUUUCGCUGGCUUACUUAUUUUCAGCAAAAUCGUUUGUAGCUUCAUCAUAAUUGAUUCUCCGCUCAUUUUUAUUAUUUUUUUUUUCACAUAAUAUUUUGUUCUCCGUGUAAAAUAAUAAUAUUUAAAACUUAGUACAUAGUAGGUACUAUGUAUUUAUAUACAACCGGACUGCAACUAAAUCAUAAAUUAAUAUUGUUUUAUUAUUUUAUUUUUCUUAUGGUUCGUUUAGUAAUCAAAUUAAAUUCACAGCUUUCUUUUAUUUUUUGAAUUUAUAAUUCAAAUACGUUGAGGUACUUGGCCCUGUACGAAUGUAGCGUCAGAGACAAGAAAUCCUAUUCCCCUAGAUCCGGCACUCAUUUUAUCAAACACUAUAACAUUGUGUAUAAUAUAAUUAAAUAUUAUGUAUGUCUCGUUAGUUUUUAUGGAUAAAUUUCAUUUUCCAAUAUAAUAUCGAUUAUUUUUCAUUAAAUGUAAUAAAAUAAAAUAUUAUUUUU